AUGGCACUUAGGGAAGUGGCUAGAACUGGGGCGCGGUACACUUGGACCAACAAGCAGCUCCCGCCGGUGCGAUCUGUGCUGAAUAGGGUGUUUGGUACGGCCGAAUGGGAGUUGUGGUUUCCCAUGUGCUCAUUGGUAGCUGAAACCCAAAUUGGGUCGGAUCACGUGCCUCUGGUCCUGUCCACCGGGGAGGACAGGCUCAAGCGAGGCCCUCGUUUCUUCUUCGAAACAGCCUGGUUCGAAAUCCCGGAGUUCUACCAGGUGUUUAGGCAAAAGUGGGAUGCUUGUAUCAACAGGCUCGGCCCCCAGCGGGGGCCCAUGGGGCUUUGGGUCACGUCCGGGGCGGGCCUCCGUGUGUCUCUCAAAGGUUGGGGGGCCAACCAAGGCCGUGAAGACAAACUCCGGCGGGCCCAUCUUGUCCAGGAGCUCGCGGCUAUGGAUGCUCAGGCCGAUGCCCACCCAUUCUCUGAGCAAGAGUGGGCACACCGCUACGACCUGGAGGGGCAGGUGGAGGCGCUUCUUCGGGCUGAGGAAGAGUAUUGGCGGCGGAGAGGGGGGCUCAAGUGGACCCUGAAAGGUGAUGCGAACAUGAAAUAUUUUCAUGCCUACGCGAAUGGCCGCCGCCGCAAAUGCGCCAUCCUUCGACUGCAAUCGGAGCAGGGGCUUCUAUUGCGUCAAGGCGACAUUAUGCAGCAUGUCUAUCAGUUCUACAUCCAAUUGAUGGGCACGUGCGAGCCACCUCUGGCUCGCCUACGCACGGACCUGUGGGGCCCGUCAGGUAGGGUUUCAGAGGCCGAAAACGAGGAGUUAUGCCUCGCCUUCACUCCUCGGGAAAUCGAUGCAGCCGUUCACGGCAUGAAGUCUGACACGGCCCCCGGCCCGGAUGGCUGGCCGGUGGCCAUGUUCAAGCGCUUCUGGUCUCUCCUUCAGGGCCAAAUCUUCGGGGUAUGCAAUGGUUUUAUGCGUGGAGAAGUGGAUACCUCCCGUUUAAACUUCGGGAUCCUCUCCCUCAUCCCUAAAGUGCAGGGUGCAGAGAAUAUUAGGCAGGUCCUCUUGGGAAGAGGCUUCUCGCCCGUUUGGGUCCACUGCAUGCUUCAACUGGUCUCGGGGGGCCAAAUGGAAAUUGCGAUCAACGGCGAAGUAGGUCACUACUUUCGCAAUAAGAGGGGGCUGCGUCAGGGAGACCCAGCUUCGCCGCUGCUGUUCAACUUUGUGGCCGAUGCCCUGGCUGCAAUGUUGGACAGAGCUAGGACGGCUGGCCACCUAAGGGGGUUUGCCAACCACUUGGUUCCGGGAGGGGUUUCCAAUCUACAGUAUGCAGACGAUAUGCUGCUACUGUUCGAGCCUGACAGACAUAGCAUAGCUACGGUCAAAGCUAUCCUGCUGAGCUUCGAGCUCAUGCCUGGCCUAAAAAUCAACUUCCACAAAUGUGAAGUGAUUUCCAUGGGGAUGGGGCCGGAUGAGAGUUAG